AUGGAUCCCUCUAGCUACGCCCAGAACACCCAGUCUAACAACACCACUCCCAACUCCCCGCCACCGGGCUCUACCAAUACUACCACUCCUGCCACAGCUGUUCUUGAAACACAAGAGUCCCAGAUACCUGAUCGUUCCAGCGCGCCGACAGCUCCUUCUACCACUCCCACCGUCACCCCUGCUGACUGGUGGGUUUACCAAAUCCCCUCCCCGUCUGCCUCCUACGAUGCCGACAGUGACUACGAACUCGGUGCCGCAUUGGAUGACAACGCCGCGCCAGGAGAGGUUGAAGAGGAACCUGCGGCACAGCCAACGGAGCCAAGCACCACCACUGCCGCUGGUUCUCGCCACUCCAUUGCCACAAACUCGCCACGCUGGACCCCUGAGGAGGAGUGCAAGGUGCUGGCGACGUUCAUCAAUCUCGACGCGCAGAUCCGCGCACACACCGGGCAGCAAGGAAGGUCCUGGUACCCCUUGGUCCAGCGGGAUAUCCUUGAGCGCAUCCUGACGUGCCGCCAUGACCAGGGGGCACUCAAGGCGAAGUUCAAACACCUCAAGGCGGAGUGGCGUCGCAUCAACGACCGUACCGGCAUCGCUCCUGCUGGCAUGACGACGGCGCGUCCAGCUCCCCCGGCCGCCACCAACACCCGCGCCACACCGACGGUGGCUACGCCUCACCCGCCGACUUCAAGCCCUUCGCAGACUGCUGCCGCACGGCUUGUCACCGCUCCCCGCCCUCCCGCUCCCGUCUCGCCAGAUAUCCCAGCCGUCGUACCCACGCCGUCCCACGCCACCAGCCGCAUUACCGAGCCUGCCACUCCCGGUCUUGAAGCCGGCGCCCUCGCUCCGACUCGUCCCGCCCUCGAGACUCCACUCUCGCCAGACACUAUCGCUCCGAGCAACGGCGGCUCCCCAAGCGGUGGCACGCUCUCGUCAGGUUCGACGACGGGUAUCUCUAUCCGCGGUCGGCGCAUCACGUGGGGAGCGCGCCCUUCGUCUAAUGGCAGGGAGGGGUGUUCAAGGAAUGCAUGGUGGCAGUACCCACGCAAGCAAGACGGCGAGAUGGAUGGGAAAAAGAAGAAUGCCGCAAAACGCGGUGUUGGCCGCAAGGCAGCCGAGAAGAAGAAAUCGUCAAGCACUGCCGAGUUGGUAGGGGAACUACGGGAUCAUUUUGACAAACGGCAGGAUGAGAAGUGGGAGGAAUUCAAGUCACUAACCCGGGAGGUGUUUCGCGGGUACGCGGAUGAGCGGCGCAGUAGGAGGCGUAGAUCGCCGCAGUCCACCUCUUCAUCCGAAGACGAGGCGUGA